UUUAUCGAUUUCGAUUUCGAAAUUUUCCUUAUCGAUUUCGAUUUCGAUUUUGUCCUCUUCGGUUAUCGGUUUAUCGGUAAACCGAUAAGCUAUACUAAAAAGACAAAUAUACCCUUAUUCUAUAAUACUACCCUUUCCUUCACUUAAGUCCCUAACCGGCUAACCCUAUUAUUUCCUCCCUUCUUCAGCGCCGCUUUCUCUUCAGUCUUCAGUCUUCAGUCUUCAGUCUUCAGCGUUUUCUUUCAAAGUACAAACCUAGCUCUGUUCUAUCGCCACUCGCCACUGUCAAACCGAGAUCUAAUAUGUCGGAAAGUUAGUCGCCGUUGAUUAUUGCCGUUUCCGAUACUCCUAAUUUCUUUCUUCAACUUUUUCUUUUCUCUUCUAUUUGAAGGAAUGCCUUCUGUGUAAAUCUUUCUGUUUCGUUAUUAUUGGUAGUAAAGAGUCUAAUCUGUUUCGUUAUCUUUCGUUAUCUGUUUCGUUUCGUUAUUCUUCGUUAUUAUCUUUCGUUCUGUUUCGUUAUCUUCUAUCGGAAAAUCUUUCUGUGUAAAUCUUUGCAUUGUGAAUGCCGUUUACCAACUUAAUAUAAACGUAUCAAUCCCAAGGCAGUUAGUGUCUAGCUGUCUAGGCAUUAGUCAGUAAUUAGUUAGUCACAUCUACUUAUUGUAAGUAUAUAUAAUUUUAGGAUUUUCCAACUGUGUAUAGCUCGAGCAAAACAACACAAGCUACAAGCCUACAACCGAGCUACAUCAGUUCCUAUCCUCAAAAAAAUUCAUUGCGACAUUUAGUCGAGCAAUAUCAGGUAAUACAGGGUAGUAUUAACAGUUAUAUUAAAACAACAAAUAGAUGAUACCAUUCAUUCCCCAUAAUAACCACAUGAUUCAAGUCCUACCCCGAAAAAAAGAUUAACACCAAAUGCCAAAAAUCGACGCAAAGCUCUACUUUUCUUGGUUUUACACACACACACAAAAAAAAAAUGAAUCACACGAUGUGAGUUUAAAAGGGACCAUGUCUUGGCCAGGUUAAUGAAUCUGAUAAAGAAUCUAGCGUAGGGUGAGACAACUGUUAAAAGUAGUAUGUAUUUUUAAGCUGCCCUGAAGCUUUAGUUUGGAAUGUAUUCAUGUAUGUUGACUGCAAGUAUGUGUAAAUGAACUGAAGCUAUUUUUUCCUAGUAAUUUGAUAAGGAACUUAUUUAAAUUGAUUUCUUUCCAGCCAUAAUUUUUAGGUCAAGAGCGACGAGUGCUGACUUCGUGUUGCUUUGCACCUUUGCUUCAUUCAACUCGUUUAAGACUGUAAGUUACAUUCUUCAUUCACUUCAUAUGGCUGAAAAUGAUAAAAUUGAUCAAGUGGUUGAUGAAAGUAGAGGUUCUGAGUCUACACUGCUGCAACUACUCACUCGACAGUUACAAAACAAGCGAAAAAACGAUCUCGGGCAUGGGAUUUUUUUGAAAAAAAAGUUGAUGCUAAAGGAAAUAAUAAAUAUGCAUGUAGAUUUUGUGGACAAGAAUAUUUGAGACAAAAGGCAAAAGUAUGACACAAAUGAAUAGUCAUAUCAGUAAAUGUCCAAGGAAUCCUUAUAAAGUUGAAAAAGGUCAAAAACUAUUACCAUAUCAAACAGUACCGGGGGGUAAUAAAGGUGAUCUUAUUCCCAUGGAAAUUUGAUCAAGAAGAGUGUAGGAUGGCUUUGUGUCGUAUGGUGAUUGUUAAUGAACUUCCAUUUAGUUUUGUUGAGAAGGAACGCUUUAGAAACUUUAUGAAAGUGGCACAACCUUGUUUUCAUAUUCCUUCUCGUACUACUGUUACACGGAAUUGUUUUGCUCUUUUUAAUGUGGAAAAAAAUAAAUUAAUGAAGUUUCUUAAAAGGAACAAGUCAAAGAGUAAGUCUUACCACUGAUACAUGGACUUCUAUUCAAAAAAUUAACUAUAUGUGCAUCACAGCCCAUUGGAUUGGAUAGUGAAUGGAUUAUGCAUAAAAGAAUUAACUUUUCUCCAAUUACUAGUCACAAAGGUGAAGAUAUGGCAAGGUGUAUUAUUGAUUAUUUGCGUGAGUGGGGUUUGCAAAAGAUUUUCACUGUCACAGUUGACAAUGCUAGUUCAAAUGAUGUGACCGUGGAGAAGUUGUCUGACAAAUUAGAUGAUUGGGGAACCAAUUCCAUGAAUGGUCAACACUUUCACAUGAGAUGCAUGGUUCAUAUUGUAAAUCUUAUUGUGAAAGAUGGUUUAAAAGAGUCAGGUAUUUCUAUUGCUCGUGUUAGAUGUGCAGUCAGAUAUAUUAGACAGUCUCCUGGUAGGUUGAGGAAGUUCCAGGAAUGUUGUGAAAGUGAAAAUAUUGUCAAAAAAUGUUUAUGCUUAGAUGUUCCUACAAGGUGAAAUUCCACCUACUUGAUGUUGAGCAGGGCUAUUGAAUAUGAAUGUGCAAUUAAAGAAUAUUCUGAUCGUGAUACCGGCUUGUCACAUUAUCUUAUGUUUGAUGCUAUUUCAGAUGGAAAGCCUGUAGGUAUGCUUACAAGAACUGAUUGGGAUGAUGUAAAGAGGAAUUGCACAAUUUCUUGAAAUAUUUUAUAAUCUCACUUUGAAGGUGUCCGGAUCACUUUAUGUAACAUCAAAUGCCCAUUUCCUUGAAAUUGGUCAAGUUGCUGUUUACUUAAAUUGAUUAAUAACAACUCAAGAUGAACUUUUGAGUGAGAUGGCAUCAAGUAUGUGAAAAAAUUUUGAGAAGUAUUGGGGUGAACCAACAAAAAUGAACAAAAUAAUUUUCAUUGCUUGUGUUUUGGAUCCUCGCUACAAGUUUACUACUGUUAGAUUUGUACUUAAGAAGAUGUUUGGAGAUGAAGGGACAAUUAUUGAAAAAGAGGUUCAUACUUAUAUGAGUUCAUUGUUUAAUGAGUAUGUCUCUAAGUCGGUUUCAAAAGAUACUGGUAGUAAAGUUUCUACCUCUUUGCCAAGCUCUUCAUUCAGCACAAUGGAAACUUCAACUCCUGGUUUAGGUGAACUUUUAGAUGAAAUAAGGAAACAUAAAGCUGCAAGUGGAGGUGUAGAUUCUAAAACAGAAUUGGAAAAGUAUCUUGCGGAAGAUCCUGAAAAUGAAAGGCCGGACUUUGAUAUCUUGGCUUGGUGGAAGAUGAACUCACCUAGAUUUCCUAUUCUUGCUAAGAUGGCUCGAGAUGAGCUUGUUAUUCCUAUUUCAAGUGUGGCAUCUAAAAGUGCAUUUAGUACCGGAGGGCGUAUUCUUGACCAAUUUAGGAGUUCAUUAACUCCUAAAUUGGUUGAAACUCUAGUGUGCCUUCAAGAUUGGCUUCGGAGUGAAUCGCUUCCUGUAAAUGUUGAAGAAGAUUUAGAUUUUCUCGAGACACUCGAGGAAGAUUUUACUAAUCUUGGCAAAGAAGCUUCCACCGACGAUGUUUGCUAGAGUUUGUUAGCUGCUAUGUAAGUUCUCCAUUUUAAGUAAUAUACUUGUAAAAGAAUGUGAUGUAUUACAAAGUUCUUAAUAUUUUUCUCUUUAAUAACUUGAGGGUUAAUUAUUGAUUUGCUGCCCAUUUGCAGAUGGACUCAAUGGCUCUUCUUCAGCUGCUUCCAUGUGUUCGAGUAUAGUCUUAUUAAAGACAAGGCCUGAUGACAAUGCUUCCCAGAUUAUGAAUUCAGUUUAUGACAUAAACUGACUUUUUCAAGGAUUGCCACAUGUGUCUUUGUCAUUGCUGUCCUUUUUGUGUAUUUGUGGAUGCAAUUAUCUUAUUCCCUGGACAAUAUUGUCCUCAACAUUGUCCUCUGUGGCUUAAUUGAAACAAUACAUAAUACUUGGUUCAUUUCUGUCACUUUCUUUGGGUUUUUAAGGAACUAAUUAAUGUUUCUACUACUUUUAUUUUAUACUAUUGGAAGUUGCAUUCAUCACGCAGCCUUGGAAGUUGCUUGUGUCCAUGUAUUAUUCAAGUGAUGCACAUUAUUUUCUUCUCCAUUGCCUUCUUGUCAAGGCAGUUUUCUACUCAUCCUGGUAGGUCUACUUACCAUAUAAACUUUGGCCUUAAUUAUACAUUUUAGUCAGGUACCCUUUUUUCUUUGAUGUAGAAACAGGUAUUUUUCUUUAUUUGCGUAUUCUUCUGUAGUCAUCACAGCGAUAUACUUUCCGUUGAAUCCCGCAAAUUUUCUUAUUGGUGUAAUCGAUAACCGAAUCGAUAAGCCCCAACAAUCGAUAAAUUGAAAUCGAAAAAGUUAAAACCUUAUUGAAACGAUAACGAUAAGCAUAUAUACAAAUCGAUAAUCGAUAAGUAAUUGUCGAUAAGGGUCAAAAUCGAAUAUCGAAUGCACACCCCUAUUACCAGGACUUUCAUCUUGGAGACACUACUAAUUUAUAAAUACGGAAAUACACAAUAUAGUGAUGUACAGAGUGGAACUGCUUUUUCUUAAAGUCAGAAUUGAACUGUUUUCUCGAGGGACACGAAUUUUAAGAGGAAGAGAUAAAAGUACCUAACGAUAUGGUAUAUAUUAAAAAGGACUCCAUGCUGGGUAACCAAUAGCUGAAUCUUCCGGAAAUCAAAAGGCUUCUCAGAACAUCAGGCGGCUAACUCUGAUAUUGGAUUAUAACAGCAGCAAAACAACUUACUCACCAAUAUUUUGUAGGAGCAAACUCGAUAAGGUUUUCCAGUUCAGAUUUGUCAAACUUACUUAUAUUCAAGAAAUACAUCAUUCUAACUGGAUACCAAUUUGGGCUUCAUCAAAAACUAAAUGCCGUACAACCAAGAGAAAGUGGAUUGUGUUUCACCCAGUACGCCAACCUUUGGGGGGG